CGCGAUAUAUGUUAUCCGGGCUACCGACUACAGAGCCCAACGAGAAGGAAACCAUGUUUGAAUAAAAAAAUCGCAAAUUAAAAAGUAAUUCCGAUAUCAUACUAAUUAUUUCUAAAUAAUAGUGGGUUAAUUAAUUCGAAUGUCAACGAAAAUAUAUUAAAAAUUGUUUUUAAAUUUAAUCUAAAAAUAAGUAUUUAAUUAUUUUAAGUGUACCUACUUUUCAAGUGGCUUAAACAGCACAGUGAUUUGUUUGUUGAGUGUGACCUCUAUUUUAUUUUUAACUAGUAUUCCCCUGAAAAAAGUUGAAUUUUUAUAGUGUUGUGAUUGUUUAUUUAUUCUUAUUUUUUUGUGGAUGAUAUAAAAGAUCAUGGCAUCAAUAAAUGCUCGAGCACCACUCAAACGACAAGGCUCCUCCUUGAAGCGUCAACCAUCGUUGGGACAACGUAAUGGUGCUACCACUGGUGAACAGCCCCAGACACCUAAAGAAGUACCAUGGGAUAUGUUAGAUCGGUGUCUGUUACCAAUUAUAUUCUGUCAUGCUACAAGUGUUGUUCUUGGUACAAUUUUAAAUGUUUUACGAAUUUCACAAGUUUCAUCUUUAACAUUAUUCAUUUGGUUGACAAUUAUUACGAUGAGUGCAGUCCUGUUUUACCAUAAUUUAACGGUAAGAGCAGCAGGAAAAGCGGUUUUGAUCACGGGUUGUGAUAAUCGUGUUGGUGCUACAAUUGCACGUCAGUUAGAUGGCUAUGGUUUUACCGUAUUUGCUGGUUUUGAUAGUAAAGCAGGCAAUCCAGUUGCUGAACAAUUGAAAGAAGAGGGCUCUGGUCGGUUACAUUGUUUACAACUAGACGUCUCAUCUGAAACACAAAUAUUAGCAUCCAGCUUAUACAUUUGCGAAAAUUUACCAGAAAAUUCAAAUGGUUUAUGGGCAAUCAUAAAUGCUGCUCAUUAUGUGGCUUUAGGUGAAUUGGAAUGGAUUCCAUAUUCAGUUUUACGAAAAUCGAUCGAUACAAAUGUUUUAGGUACAGCUCGACUUAUUCAAAUUAUGUUACCAUUAGUACGUCGUGCAAAAGGUCGUAUAAUUAAUGUAACCAGUGGAUUAGCACGUAUAGCCGCGCCAGUUCGUGGUAUUUAUUGUUCAAGUUUAACUGGAUUAGAAACCUUAUCAACAUGUUUACGAGAAGAAUUACGACCACGUGGUGUUGAUGUGGUUAUUGUUGCACCUGGUGAAUACACAACUGGCUCUGGUUGGUUAGAUGAUGAGUCAUUACGGGAGCAAGCGAAAGACAUGUGGUCACAUUUAUCACGUGAACAACAGGAGGAAUAUGGUGAAGAAUAUUUUGAACGUGCAAUUCGUAGCCUGGAGAAAUUUACACGUGGACCGGAUGCGGAUCUAACACCAGUGCUGAAAGCUUUAACAGAUGCUGUAACUCGAACAUUUCCACUACCUCGAUAUACACCAGUUACACGUAGUGAAAAAAUACAAGCAUUAAUUGCCGAACAUUUACCAAGAUCAGUUUACGAUAUUAUUUACUCACGACGAUUCUAAGUUAACGAAAACGACAGCCAGCAACCAUAAUAAUAUCAAUUGUUUUUUAAGAAUAUUACCAAAAUUACAGUAACAACAAAUACGCAUGUUUUUUCCAUAGUUAAUACUUUCAUCUGUGUUUUACUCAUUUUCUAUUUCACUCUGGUGUUUUCCCUUCUGGUUUUCAAAACAAUGAAAAUACAAAAGAAUGUUAUAUACUGUUGUUAAUCAGUUUGUCAAACAUUGUGUUUAUUAAAUUCUGAUAAGUUGUUAUCCAUAAAUUAGGAAAAUUAAUUAACUUUAACACAGUUUCCUAUAACGUGAAAUAUAUAAAUAGCUCAAUCCUGACGGGUUUUGUAAACGAUUUAAGGAUUGCAAUAGACCUUUUUCAUGAAAAACAGAAAUGCUUUUUGUUAAUUUUUUAUGAAAAUAUAGAUCGAGUAGAGCUUGUUACUCGAAAAUUACGCAUUUUUAACAAUAAAAACAGUAUAAAAAAAAAUUGUAAAAAAGUCACAACAUUUGAAAUAAUUCGUAACGAAUCAAUUCGACAAGCAAUGACAAUAACGGUUACUUCAUUUCUGAAAGAGAAGAAUAAAAUGUCUUCAAAAAGCGACCCGGGAUUUUCAAAGCCAGAUCAAGGAAAUUACUGAAAAUAACUAUUUUUAUGGUAUGAGAGUUUUUAGUGCAAGAUGACAGGAUCAAUGCACCCGAAGUUCUUGGAGUAAAAGCAACUUUGAGAGUACUAUUUUUAAUUGAAAAAUGCGUAACAUUCUAGAAAAAAAAGUGAUUAAUAAAAUUUCAUUAAAAAAUUGUUAGGUCUUUGAAGAAGAGCUAUGGGGACUUUUGUACCAUGUUUAAUUUUGGUAAAUUUCAUAAUGUAUAGUAAUGGAUCGGACCCUUGCGAUGAACACGAUCAAACCACUUUUUUCUAAUAGCCAUAUCCAUUGGAAACGGAAAAAUAAAGUUUUUCUGGCUGUUUUGAAGUAUAAUGUGAGCACAGAGGCACAAAACACGUCCGAAACAUUUUUAUGCGCGAUUAAUCAUCGUCAAUAUUGACCGAUUUAUCUGUCAUUGCCGGUUUAUUUCAUUCGCAAUUCGUAUAUUUAUGAUAAUUAAUAAAAGUCAACUCACGAACUGUCGUCACAGCGCCAUUCGUAUAACUUCGUGUGUUUCCGGAUCGUUUUCGCAAGUUUGAAUUUUUAUGAUUUUCAUUGUGUUUUCUCGGUCAUA